AUGCAAAGUAAGCUCCCCCGCGAGCUCAGGGACAUGAUCUACGACCACAUCCUCUCCCCUGCUCGAGAUGAACCGAUUUUCAUCAACAACGAUUACUUCGAAGACGUCGACGAGCCAUACCGGGACAUUGUUGCGGGUUUCGCCGAGGAACGCGGAUACGGAUACGCGCAUAUGUGUAGCGAGGAAUUUGUCGAUUUGGACACUAUGAGCGAGUUUGCACGUCGCUGGUAUUAUCAUACCAAAUUGUGGCUAUAUCUCACACCUGCGGAGGUCGCUGAGUUCUUCGAGACUGAUAUCUGGGGUCUCGGUCUGGAAGGCGAUCGUCUGCUGCGCCAUGUCGAGGUCGAGUUGUGCGAACAAUUAGACGAAGACGACGCCACUCCACUCCGACAAUGCCUAUUCAAGCUCGCGCCUGGCGCAUCGAUCGUUUUCCACCUGCGAGUCGAAUACAUUUAUGGCUAUGGUGAGUAUACGUAUGACGAGGAAUUCACCAUGUGCCUCCUCUCCGAACGCGUCAGCGCGCUAUUUCCUCUGAUGCGGCAGCUGAUCGAGGCUGGCUAUGAGUUGUAUGGGGCGCUCGAUGGGGUGGUGAUCGACACGUGA